CCCACCUGUUCCUUCUUCCAUUCAACCACCAUCACAGACUAUUCAGUGACAACCACCUCAAAAAUUUUUACUUAUACAAAGAUAUCAAGCCCUAAGACAUUAUGGGAGACUAUACACCAGAUGUGGCAGGCACGGGGGUGCCAACACUUGCUGGAAAGCAUGUCGAGGCCGCCGAUGUCAAACCCCCAAGCGGGGUUCUAUACCAUCAGCUCCGCAGAGAACCCUUGAACAUCGUUGGUGGAAAAGGCAGUAAUCUCAUCACUGAUACUGGUCUGGAAAUACUAGAUGCAACAUGCGGCGCAGCAGUCUCCUGCCUGGGCCACAGUGACGAACGAGUACACGAAGCGAUCCUGGAACAGCUCAAGAAGAUCCCUUACUGCUAUUCCAUGUACUUCACCAACAGCGCUGCGGAGAGUCUAUCAAAGUUCCUGGUAGACUCCACCGGAGGCAAGAUGUCUCGUGCUUAUAUUGUGAGCUCGGGUACCGAGGCUGUUGAGGCCGCCGUCAAAAUGUCUAUCCAGUAUUUCACAGAGUUACCGGCUCCUCAACCUCAGCGUGUGAAUAUUAUAUCUCGAAAGUCGUCCUACCACGGCAAUACACUUGGGUCUCUUGCUGUUGGACAUCAUACGUCCCGAAGGAGGAUUUAUGAGAGCCUUCUGUCAAAGAAUGUGCACCAUAUUUCACAAUGUUACCCCUACAGAGGGAUGAAGACCAAUGAAAGCGUUGAAGACUACGUUGUGAGAUUGGCUCAAGAGUUGGAAGACGAAUUUCAAAGACUUGGUCCUGAUACAGUCUGCGCUUUCGUGGCAGAGACUAUGACCGGCGCUACACUCGGCUGUGUGCCCCCAUUGCCAGGCUAUCUCAAAGCAAUGAAAGCAGUCUGCGAGAAACAUGGUGCCCUCUUGAUCCUGGACGAGGUUAUGUCCGGCAUGGGCCGCACGGGAACACUCCAUGCCUGGGAACAGGAAGAUGUCGUUCCAGACCUUCAAACUAUCGCCAAGGGUCUAGGUGCAGGGUACGCGCCUAUUGCUGGUCUGCUCAUUAACAAGCAUGUCGUCGACACAUUAAGCAAUGGAACGGGUGCUUUCGUUCACAGCCAGACAUAUCAAGGUCACCCUGUUUCCUGUGCGGCAGCGUAUAGGGUACAGCAAAUCAUUAAAGAGGACAAUCUGUUACCGAAUGUUCGUGCGAUGGGCGAGUAUCUGGGUCAGAUUCUUCAUGAGCGUUUGGAUUGCCAUCCUCGUGUUGGUGAUAUUCGUGGCCGAGGUUUAUUCUGGGCAAUGGAGUUCGUCCAGGAUAAGGCGACGAAGGAGCCGUAUCCGCCAUCCAAGGCGCUUUCUUGGACUUUGCACACCACAGGCCUUAAGCCUGAAUAUUCGAUUUCUCUGAUGCCUGGAAGUGGUGGCAUUGAUGGUGUUAAUGGUGAUCAUAUUAUUCUGGCGCCACCCUAUAACACUACUCGUGCUGAGAUUGACUUGAUGGUGGAUCGGACUGUCCGGGUCAUUAAGGAGGUUCUGGGAGAAUAGGGUUAUUAAAUUUGGCUUCACUGUAUCUGAUUGAAGGCUUGUUAUCGGACACUCGCUAUAUCUUACAUAGGGACUUAAUCAACAGUCCAAUAUAACAUGUUCGUGAACUGAAGAAUCAUGGCUUCCAGUAUACGAAUGUUCGGUCUAAUACUAC